UGCUAACAAAUAUUUCUUUUCUUAUAUUGAUAUACUUUUAAAAGAAAAUAAAGGGAUUUUGUCUUUCAUAAAGUAGGUGUCAAUUUUUUGUAAACAAUAAAAAUGGCGGAUGUUGAACACAAGUUACGUAAUAGCAUCUUUCACAAAUUUUGUCUGCAAUCUGCACUUCCGUGUAAGGAGAUGUUGAGAUAGCCUGACAACAAUUGCCUAUGGUGCAGGUUUUUAUAGAUACUCUCUCUAAAUGUUGGCCAAAAGUCAUCAUCGUGCUGGAACCCGCCAGUCUGUCUAGGGUGAUCUUCUUCACUGAAACCGGUCCAGUGAAAACGUAACUGCCUUCCCCCUCGUACAAACACUGCAGUUCUACUACCUUGUAGUUCUCAACCACACUUUUGCACUUCCUUAAACUAAGGUCAUGCACUUGGCCAUAACACACAACAAUACAUAUAAACAUUAAACACUUUGCGAGCACCAUUUUAAUUUUUCAGUUUUUUCUCUGUGAAUCGUCUGCGCAUGUGCACGCAAUCAACAGUUAAUUAAAAAUAAAAAGGCGGGCGAUUAUGAUUGUAUCAAAAAACAAUACGAAAAAAGAAUAAAUAUGAAAGAAUUGAGAUGUUGCUAUAUGAUCUUCAAUAAUAGUAUAACUCGAAAAAAAAAAGAAGGGGGGAACGGAAACAUAUAAUAAGAAAAUAUUAGGUACAAAACAAUGGCACUCAAAAAAAAAAUUCAAACGUUUUGGGGUUGGUUUUUUUUUUACAAUGUAGCUGCUUUAGAUAAAGAUUUUAAGUUAAGAAACCCAAAAAUAAAGCAGAUGACAUAUUAUCAUAGUAUAGUUUCUAGAGAUUCAUCAACACGUUGUUUUGUUGUUAAGCGCAUUUUUGUUUGCGCAUCACAUAAACAAUUUGGAAUAGAGUUGUUAUGCGAAACCUAAGAAUGAGGUGGUUAUCCCUCCUUUAGUCCCACCCCAUACUUCAAAGUGUAAUAUUAUUGGUUUAGAUAAUAUCAGCUAGAAAAAUGAAAUAAAUAUAAAAGUGUGUAUUUUUCGUUUACAAGUCAGUACUUCUAACCUUUGUUUAGUAAUAUAUUUGCAAACGAUUAAGUGUUAUCAGAAUGGCGGCCGAAAAUGUACAGUUUACUCAGUCUGUUACUUCAACUGGCAAGACGGAGUACAAGACCCAAUUCGGGAGAGGGACAGUCCUUUCCUUUAAAAAGUCCACCAGAGGGCUUUUUUAUUUAGAUUUAGCGACAUCUAAUGGUGCAGUGAAGCUGAAUUUAGGCUUAGACGAGUUAGACGAUCUUUUUACUUUGAGGGGACACCUAGAGUCCCUAACAGCAUACUUUCCACAGCCGCUCCCCCAGCCACAGGAGCAGGUUAUUCUGAAAGAAAAUGUAGUGCCGGUUUAUACACCACCACCACCAGCAGCACCAGCACCACCAGCACCUUCCGUAAGUAUAAGUAUGGCACUUCGAAAAUGUUUGACCAGUUUCCCAUAG